UGCUGCUGCUGCUACUGCUUGUGCGCUCGGACAACGGGGUCUGGGAAUCCGUCAAGCCGCUGAAUAAUCAUUUUCCACGAACCACGAGGAAAUACAGCGUGGCGUGUUUUUGUAACUAGUCUUUUUUCUACCGGCGUCUUUCAGCAUGGGUAAUGGCAUCAACAAGGUCCUUCCUGACUUAUACUUGGGGAAUUUCAAAGAUGCAAGAGACAGAGAACAGCUUGCAAGAAAUAACAUCACACACAUCCUGUCUAUUCAUGACAGUGCAGCUCCUAUCCUCCAGGAGAUGACCUAUCUCUGCAUUUCAGCAGCUGACCUACCCACACAAAACCUGACUCAGCACUUUAAACAAAGUAUAAUGUUCAUGCAUGAGUCACGUCUGAAAGGAGAGGGCUGCCUCGUUCACUGUCUAGCAGGUGUGUCCCGCAGUGUCACCCUGGUGGUCGCUUACAUCAUGACGGUGACAGGUCUGGGCUGGCAGGAGGCGCUGGCUGCAGUGAAGGUGGUCAGACCCUGUGCUGGCCCCAACCUCGGCUUCCAGCGUCAGCUCCAAGAGUUCGAGGCUACUCAAGCUGAUCAGUUUAGAGAAUGGCUACAGCAGGAAUACAAAGACAACCCCUUCAAUGAUGAGGCUGAUAUACGUGACUUGCUCGCUAGAGUGUCCAAAGUCAAUGGUGAGGAGGUGGAAGAACAGACAUCUACUCCAUCUGGAUCUAUUUGAUAUGUACACCACGUGGGCAUACAACAGUGUUUUGGACCAACCCAGAAGAUGACUGAGCUUCAGAAUGGACUGUUGUUAUUGUUGGACUGAUCUGGUAAAGAUCAUUGAUCUGAACAUGAAAGAGACAACAAAUAUGUAUAGCACAUGAUCAUUUUUAAUAUUUUUGACUGAUGCUUUUAGUGUUGUUUUUUUUCUAAUUUAUGAAUGUCGUGAACUUUAUUUUCUAUUGUACCAGUAUAAUUUCAAAUUGCAAAAUAAAGAUUACAGUCAGGG